AAAUCACAUAUUCUAAUAUGACAUUGAAUAUAUCACAUGUACGUCACAUCACAUAUCACUCAUCAUGGAAUAUUCACAUUUCACCAUAUUGCAUUUAAUCAUAUAUCAUGUAUCAUCUACCACAUCACACUUUUUUUCAAGGGAUAAUAAAAACAUCAAAAAGAACAACUCCACAUCAGUGUUGGUUCUGUAGUGGAGCUGGGCUUAGGUUUUGGUUCUGAUGGUUUUGUCAUUUUAAAAUGACUCAAAUUAACUGUAAUGCCUCUGCUCAAAAUCAUUCGCCCCACAUUUUCUCUUGGCCGCAGGCUGCAAAGCACUGACCAGUGUUUUGAUGGCAAGCUCUGCCCCUUGCCACGAAUUGGGAAAUGACCCAAAUAAAGCCUCGUAGCGUUGCUGCAUUAGCAAGUAUGACCCCUUUCGCUUUCCAUAGAGGCAACGUCCCCACUGUAAAUAACGGCAGUCGUUCUAAUCUCGUGAGAUGUUCGCUGUCAACGUUGGCAUGACGUCACAGCUGGAAUCAUAUGUUCGGGACUGAACCGGAGAGUGACAGAGGUGCACCCCGCUUGUUUUUUUUUCGCGCUGGCAGGCCUGACUCAGCUCGACCCACAGCCUGACAUCCGAUGCCGUGUCCGUGCGGGUGACCCGCAGCCCUCCGAGGCGCGUGAGGAGAAAGAGCUGCGCGUGCGGCUGACGUCGUAGGCGUUUUGCGUUGCGCUCGUUCCGUCCGAGGCCUGUCCGCCAACGGACGCCAGAUAAUUAGCGGCCGGAGUUAGCCAGGCAGGCUCAUGUAUGUCACAAAACUCCGGUGAGAGAGAGACGAGUGUGUUCCUAGCUACAGCACGCCCAAUAAUGGUGGCGUGACGCACAUAUUAUCAUACACACACAUCUCCAGAGCCGUCGCCGUAGAUGUUAAAGUCCGUGUCGAAGCCCGUGUCGCCUGUUCGGUUGGAAUAUUCCUCCUCCGAAUGAGACGUUCGCUGCGCGCUAUCGCCCACCAAUAAAAUGUGGUUGAAACUAUUCUUUUUGUUCGUGUAUUUCAUAGUUUUGUUCGUACUAGCCAGGAUUUUUGAGGCUGUAGUUUGGUAUGAGACCGGCAUGUUCGCGACGCAGCUGGUGGAUCCGGUUACCCUGAGCUACAAAAAGUUAAAGACCAUCCUGGAGUGCAGGGGACUGGGAUACUCCGGCCUGGCGGAGAAAAAGGACGUCAGCAAGCUGGUGGAGCAGUCAGGGGACUUGACUCAGGGGGAGCUGUACUCGGCCAUCACUAAAGAGAAGGAGCAGUCGGAUGCGGGAGACUCCACGAGCACGCUCUUCAGCGGGGAGAUGCACUUCUAUGAGUUGGUGGAGGACACUAAGGACGGGAUAUGGCUGGUCCAGGUCAUCGCCCAGAACCGGGAGGCUCUGCUCAGUCCGGCCAGCUGGGGGAAGAUGGUGCAGAAAGUGUCCCAGUUCGGCAUCAGAACCGGAACCUUCAACUGCUCCAGCGACCACAGGUCGUGUCUGAAGCGCGGCUGGCAGCGCUCCACCCUCAUCAUGUCGGCCCCGCAGACCUCCGCCUCCAAGGGCAAAGUCAUGCUCAAAGAGUACGACGGCCGGCGCGUGGACGCCGAGCACAUCUUCCGCUGGAUGACCUCCCACGUGGCCCACCGGAUCAAAACGCUGCGCCGGUCCGAGCAGCUGACCGAGGAGUGGCGCCCCGACCCCGCCCACCCCAUCAAGAUGUUCCUGUUCGCCCACCUGUCCCAGCCGCCCGCCUUCUUCUCCGCCCUGUCGGUCAAGUUCACCGGCCGCAUCGAGUUCAUCUUCGUGGACGUGCGCCACUGGGACAACCGGAGCAGCCUGGCGGAGAUCGGCGUGACGCAGAGCCCCGCCUACAUCCUCAAAAUGCCCGAGGGGAUUUAUCGCUACGGCAACAGCUCCGGGGAGUUCCUGUCCCUCGCCGCCAUGGACACCUUCCUGCGCUCCGUCCAGCCAGAGGUCAACGACCUGUUCGUCCUCAGCCUGGUGCUCAUCAACCUGCUGGCCUGGAUGGACCUCUUCAUAACACAGGGAGCUACAGUGAAACGCUUUGUGGUUCUGAUCCGAACUCUGGGAACCUACAACUCUAUAUUGCUGGUGUCCUGGCUUCCUGUGCUGGCCCUCCUCCAGCUGCCCUACCUGGACGCGCUGUACGGCUACAGCCUGAAGCUGCUGCGUUACGCCGACACCACGGCGCUGGCCAGCCUGGUGCGGGCCGACUGGACCUUCUACUCCUCCCACCCGGCGCUCUUCCUGUCCACCUACCUGGCCCACGGCCUGCUGGUGGACUACUUCGAGAAGAGGCGGCGCUGCGGCGCCCGCGGGCCCGAGCCCAGCGCCACCAACCUGGAGUGGCUGGCCGGCCUGUGGGACUGGUACGCGUCCUACCUGCUGCACCCCAUGGCCUCGCUGCAGCAGGACCACUCGGACUGGGAGGAGGACCCCGGCUUCCUGUUCGAGCGCCUGGCCUUCCCCGACCUCUGGCUCCGCCCCCUGGUCAACAUGGACUACAUCAAGGCCCUGCCCACCUGGAGGCUGAGGGCCGCCGCCGCCGCCGCCGGCCGGCCCGGGGCCGAGGAGGGCCGCGCCCCCCCGGGGGACGGAGAGCCGUCGGAGGCCCCGCACGCCGGCCCCGCCCCCUCGGGCGAACCCCCCGCCCCCCCGGACGAAGGCUCGGGCGAGGCCCCGCCCUGCGAGUGGUGGGCGUGGCCGGCCGGCGUGCUGCCCUGCUGCGAGUGCGUGGUGUGCCUGGAGGACUUUGCGGGGGGGGAGCUGCUGAUGGGGCUGCCCUGCGGCCACGCCUUCCACCAGCACUGCGUGGCCGUGUGGCUGGCGGCCGGACGCCACUGCUGCCCCGUGUGCCGCUGGCCCAGCUACAAGAAGAAGAAGCCCAGGCCCCCGGCCCCCGCCGGCCCCCCGCCAAAGCCGGCCUCGGACUGA